ACUACCCGCAUGAACUCAACACCCGCCGGCACUGUAUCGGAGGCUGUACGAUACAUGUUGGACAGGGUUAUGAACAGAGACGUCUUGAGGCAGCUGAACUUCGCCGGGGCAAACAAUGCGAUACCGUUCAAGAAGACGCACACAUUCAGUGCGCUUCAAG